CUGCCCCCUCCCCCUCCCCAGUGUCGCGAGUUGGCGCCGCUGCCACCCCCCGGUCUGCGCUCUUGGCCACUCGGCCGGGCGGUACCGAGCCCUCCCGGCACUCCCCUCCUCUCUUCCCUCCGACCCUCCGGCCUGCCUUUCCCCGCGGCACUGCCACCCCCACACCUUCGCCCCAGCCCUCUUCUCUCCCCGCCGAGCCGCGGCGGCAGCAGCAGCAGCAGCAGCAGCCAGAGGAGGAGCCGGAGGCGGCGGUGGCCGGGGAGCCCAUGGCGUACAGUCAGGGAGGCGGCAAGAAGAAAGUCUGCUACUACUACGAUGGUGAUAUUGGAAAUUAUUAUUAUGGACAGGGUCAUCCCAUGAAACCUCAUAGGAUCCGCAUGACCCAUAACUUGCUGCUAAAUUAUGGCUUGUAUAGAAAAAUGGAAAUAUAUAGGCCCCAUAAAGCCACUGCUGAAGAAAUGACAAAAUACCACAGCGACGAGUACAUCAAAUUUCUACGUUCAAUAAGACCAGAUAACAUGUCCGAGUAUAGUAAGCAGAUGCAGAGAUUUAAUGUUGGAGAGGAUUGUCCAGUGUUUGAUGGACUCUUUGAGUUUUGUCAGCUUUCAACUGGUGGUUCAGUUGCUGGGGCUGUGAAGUUAAACCGACAACAAACUGAUAUGGCUGUUAACUGGGCUGGAGGAUUACAUCAUGCUAAGAAAUCAGAAGCAUCAGGAUUCUGUUAUGUUAAUGAUAUUGUGCUUGCCAUCCUUGAAUUACUAAAGUAUCAUCAGAGAGUCUUAUAUAUUGAUAUUGAUAUACAUCAUGGUGAUGGUGUUGAAGAAGCUUUUUAUACAACAGAUCGUGUAAUGACUGUAUCAUUCCAUAAAUAUGGGGAAUACUUUCCUGGAACAGGAGACUUGAGGGAUAUUGGUGCAGGAAAAGGCAAAUACUAUGCUGUCAAUUUUCCAAUGAGAGAUGGUAUAGAUGAUGAAUCAUAUGGGCAGAUAUUUAAGCCUAUUAUCUCAAAAGUGAUGGAGAUGUAUCAACCUAGUGCUGUGGUGCUACAGUGUGGUGCAGACUCACUAUCCGGUGAUAGACUUGGUUGCUUCAAUUUGACAGUCAAAGGUCAUGCUAAAUGUGUAGAAGUCGUAAAAACUUUCAAUUUACCAUUACUGAUGCUUGGGGGAGGUGGAUACACAAUCCGCAAUGUUGCUCGAUGUUGGACAUAUGAGACUGCUGUUGCCCUUGAUUGUGAGAUUCCCAAUGAAUUGCCAUAUAAUGAUUACUUUGAGUAUUUUGGACCAGACUUCAAACUGCAUAUUAGUCCUUCAAACAUGACAAACCAGAACACUCCAGAAUAUAUGGAAAAGAUAAAACAGCGUUUAUUUGAAAAUUUACGCAUGUUGCCACAUGCACCUGGCGUCCAAAUGCAAGCUAUUCCGGAAGAUGCAGUUCAUGAAGACAGUGGAGAUGAAGAUGGAGAAGAUCCAGACAAGAGAAUUUCUAUUCGAGCAUCAGACAAACGGAUAGCUUGUGAUGAAGAAUUCUCAGAUUCUGAGGACGAAGGAGAGGGAGGUCGUAGAAAUGUGGCUGAUCAUAAGAAAGGAGCAAAGAAAGCUAGAAUUGAAGAAGACAAGAAGGAAACGGAGGACAAAAAAACAGAUGUUAAAGAAGAAGAUAAAUCCAAGGACAAUAGUGGUGAAAAAACAGAUACCAAAGGAGCCAAAUCAGAGCAGCUCAGCAACCCUUGAAUUUGAGAGUCUCAUCACUUUCAGUGAGAAAAUAUUGGGAAGAAAAAUGUUUUCUUUUUGAAGACUUCUGGCUUCAUUUUAUACUACUUUGGCAUGGACUGUAUUUAUUUUCAAAAUGGCUUUUUUGGUUUUGUUUUUCUUGGCAAGUUUUAUUGUGAGUUUUCUAAUUACGAAGCAAAAUUUCUUUUCUCCACCAUGCUUUAUGUGAUAGUAUUUAAAACUGAUGUGUUAUUAUGUCAAAAAACUGCUCUAUUAAAGAAGUAAUUGGCCUUUCUGAGCUGAUUUUUCCAUCUUUUGUAAUUAUCUUUAUUAAAAAAUUGUACUUGGA